UUACUGCCUUUGGUGCAACAGCACCAUCCACGAUGCUGCACAUUGCCCCACCAAGGGGAAACCCCGUCAGGGAAAGUAGGAGCCGCCGAGGGUGAUUCGACACCUCCCUCGAUGCCAUCGGAAGCGGUUGUGCGCACGACCGCCCUUUCUUCCGAGGCCUAUGCGGAUGUCGGGAGUCUUUCACGUUCGUUCGAAGACUUCGCUGCCCGGCUCGUUCCUUCACUGGAUGCUUCUCAAGGACAAGAUACAUGUGCGGCUUUCUCACCGUCUGAAGGUUCUUCCGCCAGUUCGUCUUCAUCAAGGGAUUCGGCAAGCGUGUUCAAUGAGGAGGCUUUCGACCCGCUCACGCCCGAGGACUUCGCUUGGAUUCCUCUCCCUACGACAGACAACCUUCCGGGGCCGCAAAGCGCAGCCCUAUGCGCCCUCUUACACGAGUAUCUUUCCUUCCAUGCACCACCAACUUCGCCGACGGUAGACGAAGUCGCGGUGGGGGACAUGCUUGGCUACGUUGCCAAGGUGGCCCGCGAGUUUGUCUCGCAACGGUACGAAGAAAACAACGCACCGUUGCUCUAUGUUCGCUUUCAGAUUGGGCAAGCGGCCUGCAACGCCUUGCUAGAUUGCGGCGCAACUCGCAACUUCAUCAGCCAGUCCUUCAUGACUCGGGCUGGCCUUGGCGCACUAGUACGGAGAAAGUCACAUCCGACGACGGUCGCUCUUGCCGACGGUAAGACGAAACAACUUUUAGACCGUUACAUCUCGGCUGUCCCGGUGUACUUUGCACUGCACGCAUGUCAACCCGUUACUUUUGACGUAUUGGACACCGACUUCGAUGUCAUUUUGGGGAUGCCUUGGCUUUCUAGCGCGGACCACACGAUUCGUGAUGCAACUGGCGCCCAGGUCCCGUGUACUAUUCCUCCUCCUCGCUCUUCCAUUAGGUGUCAAGUCGUGAGUGCCAAAUCUUUUCGAGACGCAUGCCGUUCCGAGCAUGUCGAAGAGAUUGGCAUCGCUUUGCUUCGAACCGUCCCGACGACCGAUUCAUCGUCCACAGAAGUGUYUUCCGACCCCCGUGUGACCCRGUUGUUAGACGAGUUCUCGGAUGUUUUUGAGACACCCUCCGGUAUAGUGCCGGACCGGCCAAUCUCUCACGAGAUCAUACUUGAGGCCGGCGCCGUGCCACCGAAAGGAUGCAUUUAUCGCAUGUCCGAGGAGGAGCUCACGGUUCUUCGUGCGCAACUCGACGAUCUACUCGACAAGGGUUGGAUCCGCCCUAGCAGCUCACCUUACGCCCGGUACAAAGCUAACUGCGAUAAAUGCGAGUUUGUCCGGCAAGAGUUUGAAUACUUGGGUCAUUUUGUCUCUCCGGAAGGCAUUCGUCCGUUGGCGGACAAGAUUCAAGUCAUCCAUGAGUGGCCCGAGCCGAAGAAUGUGACGGACGUCCGAUCCUUCCUCGGCUUGGCCGGUUCUUAUCAGCGCUUCAUCAAGGGUUACUCGAAGAUCGCGGCCAACCUAAGCAAGUUACAAAGCGAGGAGCGGCCUUUUGACUUCGACGACAACGCGCGCCAUUCUUUUGAGACACUCAAAGCGGCACUCUUGUCCUCCGAGGUGCUACAUAUUUACGACCCGCUUCUAGCUACGCGGGUCACUACCGAUGCGUCGGGCUAUGGUAUUGGGGUCAUCCUUGAGCAGCACGAUGGCACGGACUGGCACCCGGUCGAGUACGUUAGCAAGAAAGUACCUCCCGUGCAUUCGAUCGACGAGGCACGGAAGAAGGAGCUUCUUGCCUUCGUCCACGCCCUCAAGCGUUGGCGACAUUUCCUCCUUGGUCGGAAAGCAUUYCGAUGGGUAACGGAUAACAAUCCGUUGGUAUUCUACAAGUCGCAAGACACGAUUAACAAUACCAUUGCCCGUUGGAUGACUUUCAUCGACCAGUUUGACUUUUUCCCCGAUCACAUUCCCGGGAAGUCAAACCGUUUUGCGGACGCCCUCUCACGGCGACCGGAUCUUUGCACCGCAGUCUACUCUACCUUCGAGAUCGACGACGACUUGCGGGAGAGCUUCAUCCGCGGCUAUCAAGCCGACCCCCACUUUCGCGACAAGUACGCGAAUUGCUCCUCUCCGAAUCGAGUGCCUUCGCAUUAUCGGAUCCAAGAGGGCUACUUACUUGUGCAUUCACGGGGUAAGGAUAUUCUUUGUGUGCCGAAUGAUUUACACUUGCGCACACGGCUUCUUGGCGAGUUUCACGAUGCGCCAGCCUCCGGACAUUUUGGUGUCAACCGUACACUUGGCCGACUUCGCCAGCGGUUCUAUUGGCCCGACCUUCUCAAGGACGCCACCCGCUAUUGUGAGUCGUGCGAAGUCUGUCGGCGUUGCAAGGCAUGCAACCAUCGUCCGUUCGGCGAGCUACACCCAUUACCAGUGCCCCUUGGGCGACGGGAAGCAAUUGCUAUGGAUAUCACCGGCCCCUUCCCGAAGCACAAGACCGGCGUUAAUGGGAUCCUCACGGUCGUCGAACGCCUCACCAAGUACGCCAUGUUUUUGCCUUGCCGCUAUCACGCAAAGGCACCGGAGUUAGUCGAGGUCUUAUACACCGGUUGGAUUCGCUUCAAGGGCUACCCCAAGGAGAUCGUUUGCGACCGGGACACUCGCUUUCUCUCCGACUUUUGGGUCGCCCUCGUCAAGCGAUGGGGCUCAUCUUUGAAGCCGAGUUCGGCUCGCCACCCGCAAACCGAUGGUCAAACGGAAAGGGCGCAUCAGACCACUCAAGUCCUUCUCCGCACUCUCAUCCGUCCCGACCAGGUUGAUUGGGUUGAGCGCUUGCCAGACGUUGAGUUGGCUUACAACUCAUCGAUCCACCCGGCUAUCGGGAUGUCGCCGUUCGAGUUUGAGCAUGGUUCACCCAUCUCAUCGCCGCUGGACGCUACUUUGUCGCGCACUGCCAAGAGCGAUGACCAUCUUGCGUUCCUUCGUCGCAUGCAAGAGCUUCUUGUCAAGGCACGGGAUCAGAUGUCGAAGACGCAAAUACGAAUGAGCCGUCAAGCCAACCGCAAUCGCCUUCCUUUCCCGUUCUGCGCCGACGAUCUGGUUUGGGUCUCCGUAGCGGAGUUCAACCUUGAGCAAGACAUCUCUCGCAAGCUCCUUCCCAAGUGGAUGGGGCCUUGACGCAUUCUCUCUGCAGCUGGUGAUGAUCCCGAGGGGCCCUCAUUCCGCAUCGCGGUGCCACCUCA